AUGUUACUCACGGUCUUAUGCACCGCUCCUCUGGCUUGGACCCUCUAUAGCCUAGGUGGUCUGGUCCAAAAUGUCGGCCGUGCCCGGAGGCUCGGAAUUCCCUAUCAUGUCCUACCAGCUAGUCCUGUCAAUCCGCUUUGGAUCGUCCUUGAACCAGUCAUUUUCUUCAUUCUAGAUCGUCUCCCCUUUCAGGUUGGCCGAGUUAGCCACUAUGGUCGGCGUAGCUGGCAGUUUGCUGACCGAGCCCAGUCUCAUCUUCGCAUGGGUGAUGCGUGGGCGCUGGCAACCCCAUCCGAAGUGUUUGUCUAUGUUGCGAUCCCGAGGCCAUUACUCAGAUCAUAUCCCGUCGUGCGGACUUUAUACGCCCAGUGGAGCUCUAUAGUACGUCGUCGUCGUCCUUCACUACCGCCCAAAGGCAUGAGUCUGACAUACACUCAUUCAAUAACAGAGCUGCUUGAUGUGUUUGGUCCUAACGUGGCAACUACCCUGGGUGCCGACUGGCAACGCCACCGCAAGAUUGUGGCCGCACCGUUCAACGAGAGCUUGAAUAGCUUUGUCUGGGACGAGGCCAUCGCACAGGCCCAGGCGAUGCUCGCGUCAACUGGACCCUCGCCCGCAGGGGGUUUGGGAGCUGACAUCCGCACCUUAGCGCUCAAUGUCCUUGCAGCGACCGGCUUCAAGCGACCGCAAUCCUUCCACAGCUCCCAAGAAGCGCAAACCCUGGAAUCUCGCUCCUACAGCGAGUCUCUCAAUCUCGUGAUGAGGGACACCUUCUUAAUCAUGAUCAUUCCUCCCUGGAUUCUGAGGCUUCCGGUGUUCCCCAGCCGGUGUAGACGCGUCGGCCAGGCCGUCGAAGUCUUCAAACAACAUAUGCUUACCAUGGGUCAGCCAGGCACCGGGACCCUCAUGUCCUCCCUGAUCCGCGAGUCCGAGGUCACCCGCCACAGCAACCGCAAGCCCCUCACGAUCCAUGAAAUACUCGGGAACAUCUACGUAAUCAACUUCGCUGGCCACGACACCACCGCCAACACAAUGACCUACCUGAUGUUUCUCCUGGCUGCCUAUCCGGACAUCCAGGAUUGGAUCGCAGAGGAAAUCCAGACGGUCAUUCCCAAAACCGAUCAGGGGAAUGUGGGUUACAAGGAGGCGUAUCCCAGGCUUAAGCGCUGCCUUGCCGUUCUGCUUGAGACCGUCCGCUUAUACCCAGCCAUCCAGGCUCUUCCCAAAUGCGUCGCCCCUGCCGAAACCACCCUGCACCUCCCUGAGAGUAACCGCACCCUCGUGCUCCCACAUGGAGCCGUCAUCUUACCCAGUCUCCUCGCAGUGCAAACCCACCCCCGCUACUGGCCGGAUGAGCCGCAAACCUGGCAUCCCCGACGAUGGAUCCAGACUUUGGACACAAAUACGGAGCAGCUCGCUCGCGAGAAGAUCAUAAAGCCGCGGGCGGGAACUUACAUCCCCUGGUCCGCCGGCGUGCAAGUUUGCGCGGGCCAGAAGUUUGCGCAGGUCGAGACUGUGGCGGUCUUGGCUUCCCUCUUCCGCGAACAUCGGCUCCGGGUCGUGCUGCAAGAGGGAGAGGAUUUUACGGCGGCGCAGAAGCGGCUUGUGACCAAGACGCUGGAUACGCAUCAGCUGCUGGUUAUUCAAAUGCGGGAUCCGGAUAGUGUCAAAUUUAUUUGGGAAUAUGUGGGGUGA